AUGUCCAACUACUCGCAACAGUCGUACGGUGCCCAGACCCGACCUGCCUUCUCUGCCCUCCAGUCGUCCAGCAAUGCCUCCCCAAGCUACAACAGUGCUGCUGCCUCCAGCAUUGCCUCACGGUCCUCGACGGGCUCCGCGCCUCCUGUCUCGCCCUCGACGAGUCCUCAGAACCAGGCCUACUUUGGCUCCCUGAACCAGCAGUCGCAGCAGCAGCAACAGCCUCAGCAGCAACAGCGUCUACAGGCCCAACGACACCCCAGUUUCGAGUACCAGCCCAAUAGAUCAGGGGCAGGUCACACCGCAGCUGAGACGACAAACUACCUUAACCAGGCUGCGCUUCUCGCCGAGGCUGCAAAACGGGCACAAUUGGCUUGCGUCAUGCGAGAUCUCGACGGCAUGGAGCUAUGA